AUGGCCAACGACCUCCUCUCCUUCGCCGGCUGGUACUUCCUCCCCUCCCUCGUAACCGGCUACCUCCAAUCCCUCCUCUACACCCUCACCACCCGCGCAGGCGACGCCAAACCCUCCCCCCGCUCACCCCGCUACGUCCGCGACCGCCAGCGCAUCCACAUCGCCGUCAUCCUCGCCUACCUCGCCUACACCAUCUACGACUCGGCCUACCAACUCCGUCUCGAAGGGAACUUCUACAGCGCCAUGGGUGUUCCGUUCGAUGUAGACGAGAAAGCGAUACAGUCCCGGUUUCGCAGGCUCACGGUUCAGCAUCAUCCGGACAAGUACGCUGGUCCUGCGUCGGAGCUGCCGGUGGUGGAGGCGAUAUACGUGCAGCUGCAGCUCGCGAGGGACACGCUGUUGAAUCCGGCGAAGAGGUUCGCGUAUGAUCGGUUUGGACCUACGGUGCUUCAGUGGCGGCAUUGCAAGAUUACGAAGGACUUUGUUCUGCAUGGGGUGCAGCAGACGGCGCUGUACUACGUUGCUUCGGGCGUUGGGCUGGUCCUGAUGAGCAUGCUGGGGUACCUACAGCAGGGCAAAUUCUGGCGAUACGUUGCGAUGGGCGUGCUUGGAGCAGUGGAGAUGAGUGCGGUCAUGUCGCCGACAUGGCCGGUGUGGUUGGAGUGGGGUGUGAAUCCUUUCGUGAGGAUGUGGGGAGGGGAGGGAUACCUACCGUUCCAGGCGUUGACGCUGUUGAGGAAGUUGGGGAUUACUUUCUUCAUUGCUCUAGGUCAGCUGGGACCUCUGUUGCAAGGCCCUCAAGUGGUGACUGCGGAAGGAGAUGCGGCGACCGCGCAGCAGCUGGAUCGGCUGGACGUGUUGGCCAAGGCAGCGGAUCAGGAGGUCAGUCGAUUGAUGGGACUGGAGCUGAGUCCGUUCUUAGGAGACGGAGAAAGGAACAGAUUCAAGGAGUUGCGGGAACGUGUGAAGGACUGGCUGGUACAGAAUACUGUGCGCAAUGAUCCGGAGGUGAAAGCGGCUGUCAGUCGAGUGCUCGAUCGGCGGAGGCAGGGGGGUUCGCCUGAAGUUCAACGGCCAAGAUAA